AGAGAGAGAGAGAGAUGGCUCUUUUCUGGGGACCUGGAAUCUUCUGAUCUGUGGGGUCAGACCCAGAGGAGAGGUUGCCAGGCUUGCCCCAGGAAGGAGACGAAGGUUCCCUGGGGAGGGAAAAAUCCUCUGGAGGCCGAUUACCCACCUCCCCACCCCAGAGGGCCCUGAGUGUGCGGGUGUGUGAUACACUGAAGGGGAGAAACUGCAGGGGCUGUGUGUGCCCUGCACGUGAAAAACUGUGAUGUGUGCGGGAGAAUUGUGUGUGUCGCCCACACAAGUGUGAAUUUGUGCUCCAGGAGGGGGAAGCGGUGUGUAUUGGUGGGGUGCUUUCUUUCAGCCUGUGUACCCCGCAUCCCGCAAGCAGCCCCAGCGUCCUCACCAGCGCCCCUCACUCGGCAGCCUCCAGCACAUGCCCGCGUGAGCUACGCCCGGGCACAGCCCUUACAGAUACACACAGUGACACACGUGUCCAACUCCCCGAGCAACACCAGCUGCCUCAUCGAGCUUGAGUUCGUGUUGAAAACCGGGUGGGGUGGGGGCAGGACACGAUCCAGUUCUCCAAUGAAGCCGGUUCCCCGCCGUCCUCCUCGCUCCCUCCCUCCUGGCGCCUUCUUCGCCCCUCCCCCUCCAAGUCCCCACCGUCCGGUCCCCCGCCCCGCGCUCGCCCCCGCCCCUCAAGUCUCGCCUCCGUCCCGACCCGGGGCUGCGGCGGCAGGACCCCGGGAGAGAGGGGCUGGGGGGACGUAGGGGGCCGAACGGAGAGGCUGGGACGGGCGGGAGGAGGGAGGCCCGGAGGGAGGAGGGAGGAGGGAGGAGGGCGGCGAGCUGGAGCCGGCAGGCGGCGGGAGCCGGGGAGAGCCGCGUCGGGAGUGCUGUCUCCAUGGCAGUGCUGGGCGCAGCCCGAGAUACCCGGUGAGUGGGCGGGUGAUGCAGGCUUGGGGAGAUGGAACUGAGCACCUGGACCCCUGGACCCAGGAGCCUGGAAGGGUGUCCAGGCGGCUGAGCCCCGCCCCCAUGCCCCUUGAGGCAUCCGGAGGACCCCUGACUGGCCUAGCACCAGAGGCAGAAGACAGCUGGAAGUCCUGACAUGGGGACCAGGGCUUCCCAGCCAGCCUCCUAGUUGGGAAAGCGGUCAUCUUGCCUCCCCCAGCAACUACAGGGAUACUUCUGGAAGGGUCCCACCCAGCAUGGAGGCGGAGGACCACCUCUGCUGACCCUCCGUCUCCUCCCCUGCCCUCCACACCUGACCUUAGCUGGGUCAGCCGUGCAAUGCUGAGCACUAGGGUAGGCCUAGGGGCGGCCUGCCUCACUCCAGGGCAAGGACUGUGGGCAUCAUGGGGGUGCGUGUGAGUGGGGCUCCUGGGUGAGACCUAGCCCCCACCCCCAAGAGCUCAAGGGGGGUGGGGGGACCGACGAAGGAUGGCUCGGGGUGGGGCGGGGGCAGAGGAGGCCUCCCUCCGCUCAAACGCGUUGUCCUGGCUGGCCUGCGGGCUCCUGGCACUGCUGGCCAACGCCUGGAUCAUCCUCAGCAUCUCGGCCAAGCAGCAGAAGCACAAGCCGCUGGAGCUGCUGCUCUGCUUCCUGGCAGGCACGCACAUCCUCAUGGCGGCCGUGCCCCUCACCACCUUCGCUGUGGUGCAGCUCCGGCGCCAGGCCUCCUCCGACUAUGACUGGAACGAAAGCAUCUGCAAGGUCUUUGUGUCCACCUACUACACGCUGGCCCUGGCCACCUGCUUCACCGUCGCCUCGCUCUCCUACCACCGCAUGUGGAUGGUGCGCUGGCCCGUCAACUACCGCCUCAGCAACGCCAAGAAGCAGGCGCUGCACGCCGUCGUGGGCAUCUGGAUGGUCAGCUUCAUCCUCUCCACGCUGCCCUCCAUCGGCUGGCACAACAACGGCGAGCGCUACUACGCCCGCGGCUGCCAGUUCAUCGUCUCCAAGAUUGGCCUCGGCUUUGGCGUCUGCUUCAGCCUCUUGCUACUUGGGGGCAUCGUCAUGGGGCUGGUCUGUGUGGCCAUCACCUUCUACCAGACGCUGUGGGCCCGGCCCCGGAGGGCUCAACAGGCCCGGAGAGCGGGGACUGGGGGCGGGGGCAAGGGGGGUGGGCCAGGGGGGUUGGGCACCCGGCCAGCCUUUGAGGUGCCGGCCAUUGUGGUGGAGGAUGCCCGAGGGAAGCGGCGGUCCUCGCUGGAUGGGUCCGAGUCAGCCAAGACAUCCCUGCAGGUCACCAACUUGGUCAGCGCCAUCGUCUUUCUCUAUGACUCACUCACAGGGGUGCCCAUCUUGGUGGUGAGCUUCUUCUCCCUGAAGUCGGACUCGGCUCCCCCCUGGAUGGUGCUGGCCGUGCUGUGGUGCUCCAUGGCACAGACGCUGCUGCUGCCUUCCUUCAUCUGGUCCUGCGAGCGCUACCGCGCCGACGUGCGCACGGUGUGGGAGCAGUGCGUGGCUAUCAUGUCCGAGGAGGAUGGCGACGACGAUGGGGGCUGCGAUGAUUAUGCAGAUGGCCGAGUGUGCAAAGUUCGCUUUGAUGCCAAUGGGGCCACAGGACCAGGGGGUAGGGACCCUACCCAAGUGAAGCUGCUGCCUGGAAGGCACACGCUCUUUCCCCCUCUUGAGAGGGUCCACUACUUACAGGUCCCUCUGUCCCGCCGUCUGUCCCACGAUGAGAUCAACAUCUUCUCUACUCCUCGGGCACCUGGCUCUUUCCUGCACAAGUGGUCAUCCUCUGAUGACAUCCGGAUCCUCCCAGCCCAGAGCCGGGCCCUAGGGGGCCCUCCUGAGUACCUGGGACCGAGACAAAGGCUGGAGGAGGAGGAGGAGGAGGCUGAAGGCGGGGGGCUGGCCAGCCUUCGCCAAUUCCUGGAGGGCGGGGUUCUGGGGUCAAGUGGAGGACCCCCACGGGGUCCAGGCUUCUUCCGAGAGGAGAUCACCACCUUCAUUGACGAGACACCUCUGCCUUCUCCGACGGCCUCGCCGGGGCCCUCUCCUCGCCGGCCCAGGCCGCUGGGAGUCUCACCCCGCCGACUCUCCCUUGGGUCCCCUGAUAGCAGAGUCGUUGGACUUCCUUUGGGGCUAAGUGCAGGGCGACGCUGCUCCCUGACAGGAGGUGAGGGGAGUGCAAGAGCUUGGGGAGGAUCUUGGGACCCAGGUAACCCCAUCUUCUCCCAGCUGACCCUGUGAGCCCAGGUGGGCCUGCUGGACUCGGGGGUGGGGGGGCCUGGGUGCGUAAUGCCUCGUUCUGUCCCUGACCCUGAGGCAGCUGCCUCCAGACUCUGGGGAGAUGGAACCCCUGCUGUCUCCCAUCCAAGUGACCAGAUGCCUGACUCACCUUCCAUCAUCCCUAGCAAAAUGUAUUAAAGUCUGAAGUGUCACCAUGGAAA